GCUUUCGCGCAGAAUGUAAAGCAGGAGGCACGUAAAUAACCCAAAACGGUUCCGGCCCGGUUUCGUCUUCGUCGUCGUCGCGUGUUCUGUUCGCAUUAGCUGCCCAAGGGAGUGAUGCCGGGCUUAACGAAUUAUGUGGGUCGGACGAAAUUAGGAGUUUUGCUGCAUCGUUACGCACGCAGUUAUGCGCAUUUUUGUGUUGUGCCGCGGUAGCUUCCCGAUAAGUGCCUUUAUCAAAUGAGUAUUCAGGCUUGAAGGCCACCCCCCCAUCCCUUGGCGCCUGAAAUCGCUUCUUGCCGUUGGUGUUCUUCGUCAUAGAUUGCGCGGCAUCGUCUUUGUUUUGUCCAGUUUGCAGAGAAUUUUGCGUUCAAAGCGAUUGGGCUCGGUUGAGGAGAAUGCAGGAGAACGCACACCUAUAGGCGCCGGUCAACCAAAAAGAAGACCCAACAAAGCGAUGGUUUCUUAUCUCCGGGGCUGCAGCCUUACCAAUACGGAUUGCGCUAUAUUCCUUGCAUCGCUGUUAUGAUGAUUCAUGUCAUUCGAAUCGUAAUAAAGCGAUAAUAAUUUAAUAACCUAAACCAGGACUGGUUUUUGUGGAUGCAUGGAAUUUCAAUGUAUCCGAUAGUAAACUCGCGUAACGGCAGUCGAGAUCAAAUCCCUUUCUGAAUGGCUCCUCUUUCCAGUUCUAUCAUCAAGUUUCUUUCUUUCUCUUCUUUUCUCUCGGAAUUCCCGGCUUCAUCUUCUCUGCAAAAAACCAUAUUCAUCAUCAUCAUCGUCGUCCGCAUUAUCAACCAAAACGUACAUACACACAUCAUCCGCCGGGCUACAAACAAAGUGAUAGAUGGUGGAAAACAGGUGUUGAGAGAGGGUGGAGGAGAAGCGGUCACGUUGGUGCGGGUGAAUAACGAAUCAAAGACAGUCGUCGAAAACAGUCAUCACUGGUCCCCCUCCUUACCUUAAAUUCAUUAGGCGGUAUUGUGCGAUCAUGCUAUGGUUGCUUCGAUAGUUGCACCUACAAGAUCAAACUCGGUGGCCCUAUCAUACUAAGCUGUAGCUGUGGUGUAGCAUCCUUCAUUGCUAGUAGUAGAUAGUAAAGAAUCAACCUCACCAAUAUUCUUCAUGCCAAUGUAAUGCUGAAAGGCGAAGCUUAAAAGGAACAGACAUUAUUGACGCCAAUUGCAAACCGAUAGCAAAAGCUGUUAGUGGAAUCACUAAAGAAACAAGGAUACUAACAAUUGUCGCGCAAUAACAUCAUUACACCAGUGAUUCAAAAUGGGACAGUCGCUAUCAGAGCCGGAAACAUCGAAAGAGACAGCCUUCUGUCAGAAUGAUUACUACAAGGUUGGGUCCAGUUGUAUGCAGGGCUGGCGCAUGCACAUGGAAGACUCACACACACACAUUCUUUCGCUACCGGACGAUCCGGGAACCUCGUUCUUCGCCGUGUACGAUGGACACGGUGGUGCCAAGGUAGCCCAGUACGCCGGGAUGCACCUGCACAAGUACAUUACCCGGCGGGCUGAGUACGGGACGGACCUCAAAGUGGCGCUACAGCGUGGUUUUCUGGAUCUAGACGAAGCCAUGUUCAACAUCGAUGACCUGCGCGAACAGAUGUCCGGUUCGACGGCGGUGGUCGUGCUUAUCAAGGAUAACCAGCUAUUCUGCGCCAACGCAGGGGAUUCGCGUGCAAUCGCAUCCGUGAACGGCCGAUUGGAUGUGCUAUCGUUCGACCACAAGCCGAUGAACGCAACGGAGAUGGAGCGGAUUCGUAACGCCGGCGGGUACGUAGAGUACAAUCGCGUCAAUGGAUACCUUGCCCUCUCCCGUGCGCUUGGUGACUUCGGUCUCAAGCGUAAUCAGGAGAAGAAACCCGAAGAGCAGAUGGUCACGGCGUUCCCCGACGUCGAGGAGCGUGAGGUGACGGAAGACUGGGACUUUCUGGUGAUUGCGUGUGACGGUAUUUGGGACGUGCUGUCCAGUCAGUCAGUGCUCGAGUUUGUGCAGGACGAAAUCGCUCAGGGUUUGUAUCCGCAAAAGAUUUGUGUGAACUUGAUGGUACGCUGUCUAGCGCCAGAUUGUCAGAUGGGAGGCAUCGGUGGUGACAACAUGACCGUGAUUAUCGUUUGUUUUCUACACGGCCAACCUUACGAGCAACUAGUAGAGCGAUGUAAGGUUGCGGUUGCGAAACGCGAAGCAAAGGCCAAGAAACGGCAGCAAAGGAAAUCGUCACACAGUGGGGACGAGACAGUAGCGGGUUCUUCCGACGUAUCCACAAAGGAAGAGGACGACGGUCGCGUAAGGAAUGGGCGUGUGCUAGAGGAUGAUUCGUCUGGAAGUGAUAGUGAGCGAUCGGAUGAAGCACGUGCGCCGCCUACCCCUACCCCCGCUGUUGCUGUACCGGAAGGUGCAGCCACUUCCAGUACCUCGUUAACUUCUACCGAAAAGAAAGAUCAAUCAAAAGCAGUACAGGACGAUGAAUCGCUCGAACAGGCCACCAAAAGCAGUCACAAAGAUAAGGUAGCGGAUGACGAUUUGAAGUCUCCGCAACCUUAUAUCAUGGACGAUGAAACUAGUGAAGAGAUCGAUCUAAAGUAGAGAGCUCCCUAGGCACGGGAGAGGAUGGCGAAGUUGGGCUUCUUUCCUUUCCACUUUAAAUAAUGCCCACACGAUAGCUUGCCCGAGAGAACUAAAAAGCCCAACCGGUUUGUGCAUCACUCAUUUUAAGCGAUUUUGUUUGUAAUGUUAGACGUUUUUUCUUUGUUUUCCCUUUUCAUACGGUACAUGUUACGUGGCGUAACCUUUGAACGCGGGGUCUCUAGAAUAAUAGUAAUAUGAUGAUGAUGAUGAUAUUUUAAAAACAAAACAAAACGAAGGCCAACUUUCUUCCUAACGUGCGCGCGCUAGCAAAUACCAAAUACUGUACAGCAGAAGAUAGUGUAGACAUGGACAGUUCAUACCAAAAGUAAUGGCGCGGAAGCAAAAGAAGUAGAAGUGUGCAGGUGAACAACCUCCCAACUACACGGCGCGGGGCAACUGUCCUACUGUUAAGCAAGUAUGUAAGCGUACAAAGCACUCCCAACAAUGGCGGUGUCGGCGGUGUUACUGAAAGCUAACUGAAUUAACCAUUCGGUACCGACAGCGUUUGGACCGUUCCUGCAACUACGAUACGCUUUCUCUCAGUGAUCCCUAUCCCAGUGUCCCCGACACGAGCUAUAUCGCAUCGGUGCACUGAAAAACCUGAAUGAGUUGAGCUUGUGAAGAGACACCUGAGACUGCUUUCCUCAUUCACAAUAAUAAUGCUCAUGCUAUCCUCGUCGCGUGGUCUAGCCACCGUGUAUCUUGUUCCUGUAAAUAGGCUGAAUCUUUUAUAUACCAAAAAAUAUCUACAUUCGGCACGGGCGCAAGGUACGAGGGAUGGAUGUAGUAGUAUCACCGGUCAGCAUAUAGACUGCAUGCUGCAUGCAUCCGUUUACCGAGCAUAUCUUUUUUUGCUGCUGGGUAUAUGUCAUAAGGCUAGUACAUAGCUGCCUGGAAGGAUAGUAGGGAGCGUGGGGACAGUAUGGGCUAUGUAUGUAAAUAUCGGCCUGAACGAUGGUCGUACCGAUGUUGAACAAAAACAAUACAUAACAUCUAUUGGUAACUAUCCGAUCUGUAUGCUAUUAAAUUAUACAUGAAUACAUGUGGAAAUAUAUAUACAUAUAUAUUUUCUUUUUCGAGAUAAACAGUUAGUAG